UAUGAUUUGAAGAACCGUCGAACCUUUUUGAAGCGCACCAGGUACGAGAGCUUACACCUCGAGGAUUUAUAUGUGGGCAACAAAAUCACCGUUUUUUCACGACAUCUCUCCUUAGUGGACUAUGGGAAUCAAUAUACAGCUCGCAAGCUUGGGAGCCGCAAAGAGAGAACACUGGCUUUGAUUAAACCUGAUGCAGUGCCCAAGAUUGGAGAAAUAAUUGAUAUAAUUAUUAAUGCUGGAUUCACAAUAACUAAGGUCAAAAUGAUGAUGCUUUCAAGAAAAGAAGCAUCUGAUUUCUAUGCAGACCAUCAAUCAAAACCUUUUUUUAAUGAGCUCCUCCAGUUUAUAAUGAGUGGUCCCAUUGUUGCUAUGGAGAUCUUAGGAGAUGAUGCAGUUUGUAAGUGGAAAACAUUACUGGGGCCAGCGAAUGCUGCAGUGACUCAGACUGAUACACUGGACAGCAUCAGAGUGAACUUUGGAGAGAGUGGCCUAAGAAAUGCAGCUCAUGGCCCAGAUUCGGUUGCUUCUGCUGCUCAAGAGCUGGAGUUUUUCUUUCCCUCCAGAGGAGGUCGUGGACCACUCAACAGUGCAAAAUUCACAAACUGUACUUGUUGCAUUAUUAAGCCUCAUGCUGUUAGCGAAGGGCUCACUGGAAGGAUUAUAAAAGCUAUCAUCAAGGAAGGAUUUCAGAUCUCAGCUUUGCAGAUGUUCAACAUGGAGCGUACAAAUGUGGAAGAAUUUUAUGAGAUAUAUAAAGGUGUCGUCCCUGAGUACAUGGAGAUGGUUACAGAGUUGUGUUCAGGCCCUUGCAUUGCAAUGGAGAUUUUACAGCCCGAGCCUCCAAAAGUGUUCAGAGACUUCUGUGGUCCUUCUGACCCUGAAAUAGCCCGUAAACUCCGACCUGGAACUCUGCGUGCUGUCUUUGGGAAGAACAAGAUUCAGAAUGCUGUUCACUGCACAGACCUUCCUGAGGAUGGACUUUUGGAGGUGCAGUACUUCUUCAAGAUUCUGGACAACUAAGAACCUCCAUCCUCACUCACUGCAAAAGACACGCACACAGAACGGUGUGUUCAUUCAUUUAUUUGUCCAAUGUUUCAACCUGACUGAAAUACAAGAUCAACAAGAGCACUGUACUCCUGGCUAUUGUUACAAUGUUAGAACAUAGAGUUUUGCACUUUAGACAACAUUUAACACCAUUCUAUGGGGUACUGCAUUGCUUUUAUAAAGUUUAAAAUAAAGAUUUAUUU